UCAUAGCUUACGUAGUAAGUAUUUACCUAUUAGCUUCAAUAUGUGGCAUAAGCUUUUGUUAAAACGAAAAAUAAUAAUUUCUGCGAGUUUAUCGUUACUUUUAAUAGCCAGUUUAUGGUACCUUGGUAAAAAUUUUCAAAAGUUCAACAAACAGACAACACCAACCAUAACGUUGCCAACAAUAUCCAUCGAAAAAUCGGAAGAACCCCCAGCUUACGAAUGUUGUACUCAGUCAAAGUCGACCUUCCGUAAAAAUAUAUAUUUCCUCAAAACCCAUAAAACUGGCAGCUCGACGAUCCAAAGUAUAAUCCUACGAUUCGCUCUGCGUCACUCUCUCAACGUAAUGAAUCCGAUCUUGUAUCUGUACAAUUACCCCAUUUCCAAAGACACCAUAGACGCCUCCAGUUCGACUCCGGAUAACAAGUACAAUAUACUAGCACACCAUGUAAGAUACUCUUCGAAUCUGGCAUCGUUCCAGUAUCCGAAUACAGUAACGGUAACCGUGCUCAGAAAUCCGGUCACGUUGUUCCCAUCGUUAUACAAUUAUUUCAACAUGGCCCAGAUCAAUGGUAUGACACUGCAGCAAUUCUUGAGAUCGCCUGCCAAACCGUCUACGCUGUGGGGUAUCGGCAGUCCUUGGAUAUACCGAGGGUAUAACCAGAUGAGCUACGAUUUGGGUUUCGAUUUGCAGAAAGAUGCGGAUAAUCAGACCGCCGUGGACGAAUUCGUUGCCAAAAUAGAUCGCGAAUUUGAUUUCGUCAUGAUUAUGGAGUACAUGGAGGAAUCGUUGGUUUUACUCGCUCGUUUAAUGGGAUGGCCUUUGCAGAGCAUGAUGCAUUUGAAACUAAACGCCAGACCAGCUGAUCCCAAUGCUCACGUCUUGACUGCCGAUGAAAAGAUAACUAUUUUAAAGCUGAACCACGUCGACGCUGCGCUUUAUUAUCAUUUUGAGAAAAAAUUUAGAAAAUGCGUCGAUCAGUACGGAAAAGAAAAACUUCAAGGGGAAAUCGUCGAGUUGAGGCAACUAAACGAGAAAUUUUACCGCAGAUGCGUUGAUAGGGAGGUUCAAGGAGGCGAUUUAGGAGGUAUUCUGGGAGCCAUAUCUUAUGUACCUAAGAACAAUUCGGAUCUAGAAUGUGUCUACGCCACUCAACUGUCGCUUACUUUGGAACAAACCAUAAGGGAUAUACAAUCGACCAGGCUAAAUCUUGAAAAACGACUUCCAAAAUUCAGAUAAUUGUUAGAUCUGAUCAAAAUAGAAGUCAGAUUCAAUGACAACGAAAACUUUUUUUUGGCAAAAUUAAUUUUUCAUAAGUGGGUAACUGUGGUGUCUGUAUAGACGGCAGCACCGAAUUCGUAGAUCGUUGAAUCGUAUGUGUAUGUGUGCUUGGCACAAUUGUAGAUAUUUGGAGGUAUGAGUUUUUAGUGUGUGUGAUUAUUGCUUUGUCAUGUUAUUAUUAUUCGUUAUGUUUUAAAAUAAAAUUACGUGUAUGAAAUAUGCAGUUAUU